AUGGAGUUUACAUCUGACUUAGAACAAAGAAAACAGCAAGAUAAAAGCAGCUCUAGUAUAUUUGCAUCCUCUACCACCGAGAAUGAGGUUAGUAGUUCUGAUUCAGAGGGUAUCAAUGAUGCUGUUGAGAGGUCUAGAAUAUCGGAAGAUGAGCUCAAGAAGCUAGAGUUAAUUGAGAAGAAGAACGAGUUGUUAGAGAAGAGAAAUCAAUUACUAACUGAAGUUAAUCAAUUGGAGAGAGAAAGUGUGGAAAUGAUAGAUAAAGCAAAUAAAACCAUUGAUAAGAAUGCCUUGGAUGUUUUAAAUGACUUAUUGUCUUUUUCUCAAAAACAAUCACAAGACUUGGAAGUCAAUAAGUUGAUCAAUGGAGAAUCGCUGGAACGACUUAGCUCAUCUGUAAAUGUCCAUGGUGACACAUCUGUUGACGAUGAGUUGAAGAAUAAAUAUGACAGCUUACCAUUACUCAAUAUGAAACUGAGACUGAAAUAUUUAAGCCAAUAUUUGUACAAGGAUAUUAAAAUCAUAAUAACUUCAAACUCAAAGAAUGAGGGCUCUAAUGUUUCCUUAAAUGUGGAACUAUAUUUUCAGCGUUUUGAAAAUAUAACUUUCUCAGUAACAAUAAAAAUUGUCUACGAUGAAGUUAAUGAGGUAAUGAAAGAUUUUACGAUAAUAUCAGUUUCUGACCAAGUACGGCUUGCAGUGCAGCCGCUUUUGCAAGUUAGAAACCCUUCAUUCUUCUUACUAGCAUGCUUUGAAUUUGAUAAAAUACGGCAAAGGAGAUUCAAAAUUCUGCGAAGACUGCGAGAUAAGUUUAUCAAGAGAGUGAAAACUUGUGAAUUACCUCGAUCAGGUGAGUAUAUCCUGCUGCACACACACGAUUCUUUAAAAGAGCGUGAUAUUUCACUGAGAAUAGACUUUCAGGUGUUCUUUGAAGCUAAAAAACUCUCAUAUUCUCCAUUCCCAACAUCCAGAUUAACAUAUGAACUGAAAAAAAACGGAAAGAGAAUGCUCGACAACAUGGUAGAAAAUAUCGCCGAUGGUCUAAUCAAGGAGUAUGGUGUUGAAAAAGGACUUGAGGAACUAUGCAAUGCCUGCUUGUUCGCUGACUUAUACAAACAUUAG